AUGUCUUUCAUGUACUUGAAUGUUAUCUCGCACGCCUCGUUCGUGCCAAAUUCUCAAACACGCUCGUCUCCACACACACGACACGAGCGAGAACCCUACCUCGUGAGACGCAUCUCGCAUGCCUCACUCGCACGUUCGCUCCCAUAUCCCCGCCGGCCAGACUUCACCCCUUUCUCGCCGCCGGGAUCUCCCGGAGCCGCCGUCCACUCUCCGGCUCUUCAUCCUCCCGGAUUCUCCUUAUUCUCCGCCGAUCCAUCCAGGAACUCCGCGACGGUCGCCGGUAAUGUCGGUACCGACGGAGUUCUUAACGAUCUAGCGAGAAGAAGACCGAUCGACGGAGAAUUCAUUAAUUUUAUCAUGAUCUCGAUCUCGAUGGUAACCUCGUAG